AACGCAAACCGGAAACGACGAAAUAGAUCCUUGUUUACUAACCGCGGUUAAAACUGCCGUCGAAGAAAUGAAUGUUUUGUUACGAUAGAAUUAAAUUACUUAACUCCAACGAGAAAAAGUACACCAAAUAAGAUAUGGCGGACCCUGCGGUGGCCUCGGGGGCCGCACUGAGUGCAGGAGGGGUAAGAGACGGCUUUUAUACUCCCCGUCAUUAGCAUUAUGAAGCUAACUGAGCUGUAGGUGUUUUGCUAACUGUUAGCUGUUAGAUGGAAGACACUCGUCUGUGUUGAAUGUGUCUCUCAAUAACUUAACAUAACUUCUCCUAAAUACACAAUGAGCCUGCUGUACCUCAUCACAGACGACAAGCGGGGGAGUGGGGGUAAAGCCGCCACCAGCCCAGCAGAGAACUACCACCUGGCGCGGCGCCGCACCCUGCAGGUCGUGGUCAGCGCCCUGCUGACAGAGAGCGGCUUCGAGAGCGCCGAGAAGGCAGCCGUAGAGACGCUCACUGAGAUGAUGCAGAGCUAUAUAACUGAAAUAGGUCGGUGUGCCAAAGCUUACUGUGAACACACAGCCAGAAGCGUGCCCACCCUCUCAGAUACUGUGGUCACACUCAUUGAAAUGGGUUUCAACGCAGACACCCUGCCUGUGUAUGCCAAGAGAUCACAGAGGAUGGUGAUAACUGCCCCUCCAGUGACGAACCAACCUGUGACUCCCAGAGCUCUGUCAGCGGGACAGAAACGCACACAUCCUGCUUACAUCCAAGGCCACUUCCCAGAAUUCCCUGACCCUCACACCUACAUCAAAACACCUACAUUCAGAGAGCCUGUAUCGGACUACCAAGUUGUGAGAGAGAAGGCAGCGAGUCAGAGGAGAGACGUGGAGCGAGCGCUCACUCGCUUCAUGGCGAAGACCGGGGAGACCCAGAGCCUUUUCAAAGACGACAUCACUGCCUUCCCAUUGAUCGCAGCCCAGCCGAGCUCCAUCCCGUAUCUCAGCGCGCUCCUGCCCUCGGAGCUGGAGCUGCAGACUCUGGAGGAGACGGACUCCUCGGAGCAGGACGACCAGACCGACAGCGAGAACGCAGCAGGGAACAUCACCAAUGAUGAUCCAGAUGCGGACAAAGAGAACUCCAUGCUUCCUCCCAGCAGCGUCGUUCCCUCCGUAAAGGCCACGGAGGACAGCGUGAUCGACAACCCUUACCUCCGGCCCGUCAAGAAGCCCAAAGUCAGGAGGAAGAAAUGAGCUCUUUAUGAACCUCAGACUCUCAGUUGCCACAGCGAUCAGUGUCGAUGGGACCAGCACUGCUGUUGGAUUUUUGUAUACCGACGGACUUCUAUUGAAGAGAUCUUUUUUGUUUCCAUUUUUCAGCAAGAACUCACUUUGUCAAAAAAAUUGUAAGAAACAUCACGGUGUAAA